AUGCUCACUGGCCCCGUUCUGGGAGCCGUCCUCCAGCUCGCGUCAGCCCCCUCACAGCUCUUCUCCCCCCUCAUCCCACAAAAGGUCCUCGCCACAUUCAACGCGCUCCCCUCACCCGUCCAAUACCCUCAAUACACCGACACCACCACGGGGAAAUGGCAGUACUUCACACCUUGGACAUGGACUUCUGGGUUUUUUCCUGUUACAGGUUACGCGCUCAACACGAGGAAGACGCUCUGUGGCGGCACGCCGGCCAACGGACUUGGCGUUGCAGAUUGGCUGGCGCUGGGUCGAUCAGCUAGUACAGGGCUGAUUGGGCUGGAUGCGAGUCAUGGAAUUGGACACGAUGUUGGGUUCCUAAGCUUCCCAUUCGUGGAAGAAUUGACUAUAAACCCAACGAACGCGACCGCCAUUGCGGCGAUUAACAGGUUCGCCACUGACCUCGCAAGCCGUUUCAAUGUCAAGGUUGGAUGCACGCGUAGCUGGAACACAACGGACCCCACAGAUUUCCCGGUGAUCAUCGACAACAUGAUAAAUCUCGAGGUUCUCUUCCGUUCCGCAGAUUUGACGGGAAACAAUACUCUGAGAAAUAUAGCAAUCUCGCAUGCAAACACGACCAUGCUGAACCAUAUCAGACCUGAUGGCUCUACCUGGCAUGUCGUGGAAUACAAUACGACAACCGGUAUUGUUAUCAAGAAGCGGACUCAACAAGGAUACUCCGAUACCAGCACCUGGGCUCGUGGGCAAGCAUGGGGGAUAUACGGGUUUGCGAAUAUGUACCGUCUCACCGGCGACGUGAACUACCUGGCGACAUCCCGUAGACUAGCAACAUAUUUCCUUCGAAAUUUACCAGCUGAUGGGAUUGUUCCUUGGGAUUUCAAUGCACCUUUGACACCUGCGCCGCGCCCCGCGGAUUCUUCAGCUGCAACCGUCGCCGCGACUGCCUUGCUUCUACUCGCGAGAUCUGAACCGACUCCUGCUGCAGCCAAACCAUGGAGUGACGCUGCUAUUCAGAUUUUGAACAAUAUUACCACCCUCGCGUGGCGUCCUUCAUGGCAAAGUCUGCUAGCCAAUGGGACGGUCAAUAUGCCUGCCAACAAUUCCCUGACUGGUAUUGUCUACGGGGAUUAUUAUUAUAUCAAGGCUGGAAACGAUCUCAUUUCGAUGGGCCUGGCCAAAUGCACUUGA